UGCCACACCCCUCAUCCUUCUCACCACCACUGGCACCACAUCACCAUUCCCAUGCUCCUCCCCCUAUGUUUCUCAGUGUCAUUGAUAAAUAUUCAUUGUAGUGCAGUAUUUUAUUUAUAUAGAAGACAGAGUAAGAUGUAUCAGCAAGGAAGGCAGAGAGGAGGGCAAAGGCAAAGAGGUAUCUUUAUAUUUCCAGUGGCAGAUUAAUAAGAUUUCUUUAUUAUUUAGCAGGAGAAAGACUUGAGAAUCUGGCUUAUCAUCUAUGUAGCCUUUGAAAAUGGUUAUGGUGAGCAAGCAAAGUGUUUCUGGGCAAAUGAUUCCUAGGAACAUGUCAUUCGUGUAGUGUUUGUUGGUUGCCAUGGUAAUGUUUGUUUGGUUGCCAUGGUGAUGCAACACAGACACACACACACACACUAUCAUGUUUCAUUAGAAGUAUCCACACUAAGACAAAGCUCAGCAUAUAUUGUAAUGUUUGUAAACUUGAUAUGGAUGAGAAAGGGAGAUAAAUGAUGCUGAUUCUCUGUUCUGCCUCAGUGAAUCGCAUCCUGACUUCCUGACUUGAGUGUUAUCUCAACUAGAGAAGUUAUUAUAGUUUUCAAGGGUGUCUUCAUGAUCCCACUAACAGUUCAACAAGUAUUCAGUAUCUUUUCACCACUUCUUGAUGCUUGAGUGGAGGUUAGCAGGUUUAUAAGGAAGCAUUCAUGACCCUACUUUCAAAAACAAAAACUUUACCCAAUCAUUUCUGUGGACUUUGAAAACAGCCCUGAAAAAUAAACAAAAAUUGAUUGACCUGUCUGAAGACGUGUAGCUGUCUUUGGGUGGAAAGCAAGGAGCAAGGAUUCCAUAAAGAUAUACGUUCAUUGACUUGAGAGUGGUGUCCCAUUACACUGCCAAAACCUCUCAGCAAGUCAAGUUCUGGGCAAGUUUAAUAAGACAUGUUCGGCAGUUCCAACAGUCUCAGCAAAGUUCAUUCAGGGCAGAUGAAGUUCAUCCAGGAGAGAGUGGCAGGAGUGGAGAAGCAUUUUGGCCAGAUCUGCCGAGCCCUAGCUGCCUAUGCUAAGAGGGAAGCAAAGUUGCGUGACAAGGGUGAUGAGGUGUCCAAGGCCCUGCUGGAGUAUGGAGAGGUGGAGAGUCUUAACAAGAGCCUCAGGGCAGCUCUUUGUGAGACUGCUGAUUCCCUCACUGCUGUCCAGGACUAUAGGGAUGUCAAGGUGGAGCGGCUGGACACAAGGGUUGUAGAGGAGAUCGCUGCUUACGGAGGCAUUUGCCGGACUGCCAAGGAUGAGCUGAGGCGUAGUUUUGACAGCCGGCAGCGAGAGAUUGCCCACCGCCACAGCCUGGAGAAGACCAAAAGUCGCCACCCACAGAACAGGCAACAAAUUAUCAUUGCAGAGACCAAGCUGCAGAAGGCCACGACGGAAGCCCAGCGUUCCUGCAAGAAUCUUGAGGACCAGAUGGAUCAGUUUGAGCAAAAGAAAGUCUCAGAUUUAAAGAAGAUUUUAAAAGAAUUUAUUCAGAUUGAGUUGGCAUUCCAUGCCAAGGCACUGGAGCUAUACACCCGCGCCUACAACCAGGUGUCUGCCAUCGAGGAGGAGGAGGACCUGGAGGCAUUUCGAAACGCAAGGGAUGUCUUUGAUGCGGAAUUCCGCAAUGCUCUGAAGGGCAAUGCUGCAGGCCGGGCUGAAGCUGUUGGGGCGAGUGAAGGUUCCCCCCUCUCCCCUGUCAUCCUAAACUCUCGCCACAGCAGACGCUCUCACAAAAAGCGUGACCUGAAGAAAUCCAUGGAGAAACUGCAGGUUGAGGACUAUGAGGAAAUCCAUCAGAGUACGUCAAGUGAAGAGGACUAAUGUGCUCAUGUGUGGCUGGGUAUAUGCAAAUCAACUGGCUUUACUUUCAUCUUUCUGCCUGUCACACGAGGCAACCCAGAUAAAGCAGCACACAUUCAUACACAUGUUAUGAUUCACACUCUUAGCUCUGUGAGUCAUUAGUGGAAAGGGAUAAUCUUGAGGAGCACCAUACUACAUCCCAGAGCCUUAGGCAUAGCAAAGCUGGCCACAUACUUCCACAGAAAGACCUGACAGCAUCAUGAGACUUUUCUGUCACAUACCUACUUCAAUCCUGACCCUGCAGCAGAUACACAGUACUUAAUACUUCAAAUACUUAUCAUUGUAAAUCAUUAUCAUUGUUACAAUUUUGUUGAUUGUCAUUUCCUUUACAGGGUGAGAUAGUGUGUAUGAAAUAUUGUUAUAAAGACUUUGGCAGGUAUUCUCUGCCCCAGGCCAUCAACUGAAGCUGACCUAGUAUUCUUUAGAGACCAUGAAUCACAGCAAGAUGCACUUCACUUGCAAGGUAAAGCUACACAUACAUCUUUAUUAUAGUCAUCAUCAUAAUCAUUGUCAUCACUAUCAUUAUUAUAAUCAAUGUGUUGUAGGAAAAGUCACUUGAAAUGUUUUGGUUUUUGUGUUACUUAUGAAUAAAUUACUUGUGAGAAUAGUCUUUAUAA